GAGCCCAGAGCAGGUCUGCACAGCUGCGCGCGCUGUCCGCGGUGAUGGGACCCAGCGGAGCGCGCUCCGUUUCUCCGGCAUGUGCGUGAGCUUUCCCCCGCGUGCCGUGUGAGCACAGUUGGAGCGCGAGCGCUGUUCGCGGUGCUGAAAGCAUCCAGAGGCGCGAGGACAGCAGCGCGAGGCUCUGACCGGCAUGAGGAGGAGGACGCUGUCCGCGGCGGGCUGCCUGCUCGCGUGGAGGGUAGUGCUGCUGCUCAGUGACAGCGUGGCUCGGUGUAAGGAGCUGGACCAUGCUGCGAGGACACGCCAGGUCCCGAUGUCUCCCUCUGACUUCCUGGACAAACUGAUGGGGAGGACUUCUGGCUACGACGCCCGGAUCAGACCGAACUUCAAAGGUCCUCCCGUCAAUGUUUCCUGUAACAUUUUCAUCAACAGCUUUGGCUCCAUUGCUGAGACGACCAUGGACUACCGAGUGAACAUCUUCCUCCGUCAGCAGUGGAAUGAUCCCAGGCUGGCGUAUUCCGAAUACCCUGAUGACUCUCUGGACCUGGAUCCCUCUAUGUUAGACUCCAUAUGGAAACCGGAUCUGUUCUUCGCCAACGAGAAGGGAGCCCACUUCCACGAAGUCACCACAGACAACAAACUGCUCAGGAUAUUCAAGAACGGCAAUGUUUUGUACUCUAUAAGGCUAACGUUAACUCUGUCGUGUCCCAUGGAUCUAAAAAACUUCCCGAUGGAUGUUCAGACGUGCAUCAUGCAGCUGGAGAGCUUCGGGUACACCAUGAACGACCUGAUCUUUGAGUGGCAGGAGAACGGACCUGUUCAAGUGGCCGAGGGCCUCACGCUCCCACAGUUCAUCCUCAAAGAUGAAUCAGACCUCCGAUACUGCACCAAGCACUACAACACAGGAAAAUUCACCUGCAUUGAGGUGCGCUUCCACCUGGAGCGUCAGAUGGGCUACUACCUGAUCCAGAUGUACAUCCCCUCCCUGCUCAUCGUCAUCCUGUCCUGGGUCUCCUUCUGGAUCAACAUGGACGCCGCACCGGCCCGCGUGGCCCUGGGCAUCACCACCGUGCUCACCAUGACGACGCAGAGCUCAGGCUCCAGGACCUCACUGCCUAAGGUCUCUUAUGUGAAGGCCAUCGACAUCUGGAUGGCCGUGUGUCUUCUGUUCGUCUUCUCUGCGCUGCUGGAGUACGCCGCCGUUAACUUUGUGUCGAGGCAACACAAAGAGCUGCUGCGCUUCAGACGGCACAACAAGAAUAAGAGCAAGGAAGGGGGGGCACAUGAGAGCAGGCUGACCUCUGCUGCCGCCGUGACCUCCACCCCGAGCAACAGCAAGGAGUCGAAGGCCAGCGCCAACAACGCCGUGAGUGCGCUGAACACGCCGGGAGCCACGGCACAGAACGCUACCCAGAAUGCACCUGCAGCAGCCAGUGGGGGUAAAAGCACGGAGGAGAUGAGGAAGCUGUUCAUCGACCGAGCCAAAAAGAUUGACACUGUGUCGAGGGCCGGCUUCCCUCUGGCCUUCCUCUUCUUCAACAUAUUCUACUGGGUCCUGUACAAGAUACUGCGGCACGAAGACGUGCACAAGCAGUAGAGACAAAGGACGAGAGAUUAUUCAGACGCACGAACAUCUGCAUUUCCUUCUCCAUGAACCCCUGAGAGCCAAUCAGGAUGAUCUUUGUUAUGAAGGCAUAAGGAUGGACAAACUGGAUCUCUGCCUGAAAACCACAGAAAACUUUUUUAAAGGUUCAUCUCGUUAAAAAUAAUCUUCUGAUAGUCUUUGAUACCAAUUCUGUGAUGUUGAAAUUAAAAAUGUUGUUGAAGAGUGCGUGGCAGACAUGACGGAGUAGCAGUGCCAGGAUUACGUCCUCCAUGUGGAAUUCAUUCUUUUCCAGUCUGAUAAUAUUUUAGUGGUGGAAAAUCUGACCUGCCAAAGACAAAGUUCUUUUCAGUUAACUGAAACCAGCUCGAUCAUAGCGUGAAGGAUACUGUGACUCACGGCCAGCUGAGCUGAAUGUCUCAACCACACGGUAUCAUAAGUGCGAGAAACUGCAGUUCCUCUAAUGGCCUCUAGAGGGCGGCUCCAAAAGUGAGUCAGCGCCUGUAGACUCGUAGACAAAAGGAGAAACUGGCGUGUUUACAGAAAACAGCCGAUCUGGUCUCUGUAGCUGAUUUCACCCUUUGUAACAACUCUAUCCAUUUAAACUGUAUUAAGGCUUUGCAUUCUGAGGGGCGUGGCCUUGUGAUAAACAGGUGGGUGGAGACACAGGUGGUGUAUCAGUCAGCACAGUGGUCUUGAGUUUGAAGCACAGCCUGCAGCUUCACCUCCAGUUCUGCUGUUUUGUGUGUAACAGAUGUGAGGAUUAGAUUUCUCUGAGAGGCCCAGACGCUGAUACAGUCUCAGCGAUCACAGGUCUGCUGUCAGCUGAACACAACAUAAAACCUCUGGAAGCUUAAAAGUAUUUAGAAAAAUAGCCAGUAAAAAGACGAUUUAAAGCAAAGUGCGUAGAUAUCCUGUGUGCUGGCCUGUGGACGUAUCUCAUCAGCAUACUAAUGUAAAAGUCUGAAAAAGCCGGAUUCCCAAACUGAAAUGCGGCAGGCGGCGUGCAGCUGAGCUCUGGCUCCGGGUGGAGAAGUGGAGCUUAGAUCUGUCUGUCUCUGCUCCAGUUAAAACCUCCGUCGCUCCACUGCAGUCUGAAAAGUGUGAGCUCGUCUGUUUAAUCCUCUGAAACCAAUACUGGUUCAGACAAAGACUGUACAUAAAAGACAGACAAAGACACUGUACCAUAACCGCUUAGUUUGUGAAGUCCUGAGUUUUCUAUGAUUUUUAUUAUUGUGGCUGUUCUCGUGUCAGAUCUGUUUCAGAUGUUCUCAGGCUGAGCUGAUCAGAAACCGCCUGGAAAGAAUCCGAGUGAAAGCCACAAGCCUGAGAAGGAAAAGGACUCUGAUGUCAGAGCCUUAAUGUCACCAUUCAGGCUGCCAAACGGGAAGCGACUACAUGAGCUAGCCUGGUUAGCAGACUGCAUGUAAGGGUGUGGAAAAACAAAGUAUCAUCCAAGUAAAAACCUUGAAUUUCGCUCACCAGAUACGACUCCAAGUACAGUGACCUCACAGCAGCCAUGUUAUUGGUUACACGAUGUCAUUAAAAUGCUCCAGAAGGCACCAACAGCACACACACGGUCCAGAGGUCCAGUUCAGGUGAAGCUAGCAGCUGCCUGUGUCGCCAUCCACCUGCUGCAGAGGCGGGAGUCUAUCGGGACUGGCUCACUGCCGGUGCCUCUAGUGGACGUCAGAGGAACUGCAGCACUGGUUUCAUCUUUCAGCUGAAGAACAAAACACUUGAGCCGCCCAGUUCAGGUUCCCUCUCCGUUUAAAGUGACGCUUUAAACAAAAGCUGUGCGUCUUUGGCAGCUUUCUGUUACUCACCAUCAUGGGAUCUGUGUGAGUCAGGUUUGAUGCACCCAUUGUGAAAGUUGUCCUUUCUGCACUGAUUUCCUCCCUGACACGCUGACAACGCCCUGAUGUUUCAUUACAGAGGUGUCAUACAUGCUUACACGACCCACACGCUCAAACCUCACUGCGUAUGUCGGGAGUGGCCGUCCCACGCUGCAGCGGCGGCGGCGCACAGUCACACUGGAAGCUCACACUCACUCCCUUUAAGAACAUGCGAGCAGCUAAACCCAGGUUCAUCCGUGAUGUGCAUCACAUUUCCAGUCUUCAUUUUCAUUUUUUGUGCAGACGCGCCGUGCGACAGAGUUUUGACAUUUGAAAUUCAGUUGGAGAAAAUGUGAGGUGCAGUCUGGAGAUUCAGGUUCAGGUCUGAAACGCAGCGAUUCUCUGCUUCGCUUGUCUUUGGGAUAAAUUACUGCUGGCUUACGUCACUUUGACCGUUCACGGAGUUUCUUUGGAAUUUUGUUGUGUUUUCUAGGAAGCAGUGUGGUAACUUUAAUUACUUUCAGCUGCUGACAUGAGCAGUGAGGGGGGAGCUGCAGCAUUCAGUCAUCUCCUUUUUAUAUCCUGCUGCAGUGAUCUGGCACGUUUAGCCAGUUUCCUAAUAAUGAAACCUCAUUUUCUGCACAAAGUUCACUGACACUGUGUCACAGUGACCUAAUCGCUGCUCCGUGGUGGUGCAGCGGCGCAGGGAGAAGGCUCCAGGUUUGAGGACUCUGCAACGAGGUGAGGAGGCAAGAUUAACCAAAUGUUGUUCAGGUGUCUGCCCGAGUGGUCUUCUGUUCAACAGGACUGGGUUAGUGGUGGUCGGCCUGUUCCAGCUGUGAUGCCAUUUUAGCCCUUUUAUUUGUUUUUGAGAAAUCUUUAUUUGUUUAAAGCGAACAGAAUAUUCCUGUGAUGGUGGCACAGUCGCACGUUGCUCUCCUCUGUGCUGUGAGUGCAGCACUCCUGUUGGAGAAGCAGCUUCACGUUCAGGCCACGUUUGUCCAAACUGUUUCCUGGAAGGAUGUUCAGUUAGCUUAACACGACGCCGUCGCUGCGUUAUUUACAUCAGUGUUUCCUCCCAGAAAUAUUUGCAUAGUUGUGAUGAAAACAGCCUCUCUGCAGGACGACGACCGUCUGCAGCUGUGUGCAGACUCUGCAUCACAUCCUGACUGUGCACGUUUGCGUCAUGUCUCUCAUUUCUGUGCUUGUGUCCAUCGUCUUAGUCCACAGUCAGAUGUCCUGAUUACUGCUUGGUAUAGAGUUAGGACACAGUCGGCGUGGAAAUCUACUUGUUUUGAUGAUGUCACAGUUGCGUUGCUGCUUUAUGUGCUUUGAUUUUGUGUUUUUGGUCAAUUUUAUGCAGCAUGUGUUUCAAACAGCUUUCAGGCUGAUUUUCAGAGAGUGAAAUAAAUUCAGAUUUAGCAGCUCAGGUUCAGAGUCGGCCUGGAAAGAAAGGCUGUGGGACAGGGAUAUGACACUGUGACGUAACAGGUGUGUAAUCUAUUACAUAUUCUUCUUUACUUUUUGUAUUGGAGAUUAUGUAUCGGAAUUUCAGGAGCGCCUCCAAACACGCUCCUUCCACCUGUCAUCUACUGAGGUUCCCCCAGCUCUGCAAGCCGAUCAGUCUCGUUUACGUGCCCCUCCCUCCUCGUUCUCCAUUCUUUAACUUCUUCACUUCUAUUCAGUACAUGAGGAUCUGCCCGGGAGCCGUCGCCAGUCCCCUUCGAGGCCUUCCCCAAACCGCAGCUCAAUUCAUGUCCAAGCAUCACCUUUACCCUCUAAAACGCUGUCAAACCUAAAAUGAGGACGUGGGCCCAGCGAGUGAAGUAACUUUUUUUGUUUUAUUUCCUCCCUGUGAAAGAUAAUUCGUUACAUCACCCAUUACAUUAAAUUAAAGCGGACUCGCUUGUUUAGCUACAUAUCACAGCCUGUAUAUAAAAGAUGGAUUUUGUAACACUGCCAAAUGUUUUUAGAGCCAGAAGUGACCGUACUUACAGGAGAAGGUGGUGUGCUAAGUUAUUAGCUAAUGCUAGCCAGGCUGGUUAGCAGUCUGCAUCCACAGGCAACAAAUACCAGCUGAUCACUAAAAUCACAUUAAAAACCUGGAAUUUCACUCAGUAAAACUGUUCAGACUUGUUGGACAGUAACCUCACAGCUGACAUUUGAUUGGUCAGAUAAUCAUUAAAACAGCACAAACACUGUCCAGAGGUCAGUUCAGGUGAAGCCUAGCAGACAGCUAGCAGCUAAAGCCGCCUGUGUCCUCGUCCUAUCAGGAGGAGAACGUGUUUGUUCUGCUGUGUGAGUCUCUGGGGGCGGACUCACUGCUGGAGCCUCUGCUGCACGUUAGAGGAACUGCAGCCUGUGUAGAUGUUUACUUCUGUUGGAGCAGUCGGUCACAUGUCAGUGACUCUGGAUGAGUUUACAGCACUGUUUUCACUCUGUGACACACACACACACACACACUGUAUAUUUGUGUUGUCGGUCCGAGGUUAUUCAUUUCUUUGAAACACAAAUAAGGUUUAAAAUCUUUUAACGUUCAUAUCGAUGUGUAUCUGAAUCUGUGUGCUUUGUUCUUUUUGCUUCUGUUGGGACACAAACGCUGUUUCAUGGGCCGAGCGGCUCAUACAGACUGUCUGAAUCCAGCUCGGCUCUGGAGCCCUGAGGUCCCUCGCUGCAUCUGGAUACGAAGAAAAUAAUUUCACAGUUUAUCAGCCGUUAAUUUUGCAUCUGUUGUGUUUGUAUUUCUACUUGCGCUGUGGUGAACGUGUCGAUUUGUGGACAUAAAGUUGUCGAGCUGUGUGCGUACUGCGACUCUUUGUUCACUGCACUGUAAAAACGAAGCCGACUGCACGUCAGAGCCGCGGCGGGUCUGACAGGUUUUAUUUCAUCACUGCAUCCUUGUAGUCGUUGUUGAGACUUUCUCUGCUGUGUUCAGUUUAAAAGAGAAGAACAUCCGUCAAACAUUCCUUCUACAUUCCAGUUCAGAGCGCACACACACACACACACACACACACACACACACACACACGUUUUUGUAAAAUAAGAUGUGCAUAUUUUACAUGAAACUCUCUCAGACUGAAAUAAACUUGGGAGCCACUUCUUAACGA